AUGAUCAGAUGUCCUAUAUGCCAGGAACACGUUCUUCUAUCCAAAAUUAACGAGCAUCUCGAUUCUAGCUGUCAAAGAUUUAUCGCAAACACCCACCUACAAAAUACGACAUCGUCUUCUCUUAUCGACAAUGGCAGCAACUCACAAGAAAGAACGAAACAACUUCAACUGAAAGACGGCUACGGUUCAACGGAAUCUUUUGCUGCUGGUACCGGGGGAUUGAAAAGAGCAGUCCCUCAACCACAGUCUACUAUCGCACGAAAGAAGCCAUACAUAGAAUCAGCAACGGAGCGACUACGUCUUCAAACUGCACCUUUAGCCGAGCAAGUCCGACCACGAUGCUUCGACGACAUUGUCGGUCAAGAUUCUCUGAUCGGCCCAAAUGGUACACUUAGUCGAUUGAUUGAACAAGAUAAGCUCCCGAAUAUGAUAUUAUGGGGCCCUCCAGGAAGCGGUAAAACUACAAUUGCCAGGAUCAUCGGGCGUAUGAUGAGGAGAAAGUACAAAGACAUCGUCACGAAGGCCACACAGGAUGUGCGCAAGGGCCAAAAACCAUCCAUCGUGUUUUGUGAUGAGAUACAUCGACUCACACGGCCACAACAAGAUAUAUUUCUCGAUGCCGUUCAAAGGAAUAAAAUUUCUCUUAUCGGCGCGACCACCGAGAACCCAUCAUUGAACAUUCACCAUACCCUUGUCUACAAAUGUAAAGUCUUCAGUGUCACGAAGCCAACUACCAAUGACUUGGUCACUAUCCUUCGUCGUUCAGUGGAAUCACAGACUCACAUGAAGUCAUCACCACUUCUGGACGAUGAAUUCCUUCAAUACAUAGCCGGCUUUGCCGAUGGCGACAGUAGAAUCGCACUGAAUGUCCUGGAGAUAGCUACGGAUCUAUGCACAUGCCCAGGCAUGACCAAGGAGAAGUUGAAGCAAUCAUUGACUAAGAGCUUACUCUACGACCGAUCGGGCGACCAGCACUAUGACACUAUUUCGGCACUCCACAAGUCAAUCCGAGGCAGUGAUCCUGAUGCUGCGCUAUAUUACCUCGCGCGAAUGCUCCAGUCAGGCGAGAACCCUUUAUUCAUCGCUCGUCGGCUUGUUGUGGCGACGUCGGAGGACAUUGGACUGGCGAAUAAUGUCUUGCAAACAUAUGCAACCUCGGUCUACCUGAUGAUUGAGAAGCUAGGGAUCAAGGACGCACAGUCUGCGCUGGCUCAACUCGUGAUCACGAUGUGUUUAUCAAAGAAGAGCACUCGAUCUUAUCGUGGUAUGAAUAAUGCUUUUGCUGCAGUGAAGGAGCCCGGGAUGGGUGAUCUUCCAGUGCCUUUCCACGCCUUGGAUCGCAGGCCUGAGCUUUUGAAUGAGGCUGCUCGGCUCAUGUCCACUCACUCUAAACAAACCCAGGAAGGGCCUGAAUCCACUCAGAGGUUUCUUCCACGUGCUCUCGAAGGACGGAAGUUCUUGGAAGAUACUGAUUUUUUGUUCAAACGAGAUCCUGACUUGAGUUAUGGGUGA